AUGAAAUCUGAAUACAGAUGGCCAUACCUGACUCAGUCAGAUACGGAAGGCACAAAAUCAUCCAGUGAGAGGAAGAGAACCAAUGAUGUGAAAAUUCAAGUGGGUGGCCGGGGGUCCCCGGGGGGUCGGGCUGGGGGUGCCGCAGAGACCCGGCCAACUCGCUGCACCUCUCGCCCAGCUCAGCCGCUGGACGCUGGUUCUGCGUCCUACGAGGAGCGGACAGUGACGGGGGUGCGGGGCCGGGCAGUGGAGCUGAGCUGCGGGCCCGCGGUGCCGGCGGUGGUCUUCUGGAGCUUCACGGCGGCGGGGAGCACCGGGCCGCCGCGGGCAGUGGCGGUGGGCUCGGGCCUGGAGGCGGUGGUGGCCCCCGGCGUGGGGGCGCUGGGUCAGGCCAGCCUGCGCAACGGCACGCUGGAGCUGCGGGAGCUGCGCGCCGCCGCCGCCGGGCGCUUCUUCUGCCAGGGGCUCUUCCCAGAGCCUGGGAGGCUCCGUGUGGGAUACGCCGCCGUGCUGCUGCGGGUGCUGGUGCCUGUCUCCAGGCCUUUUGUGCGGCCGACGGCGGCGGUGGCAGUGGAGGGGACAGAGGUGGCCCUGAUAUGCGCCGUGAGGGAGGGGACGGCGCCGCUCAGCUUCUCCUGGCAGCACCGGGAGCCCCGGGGGGGGGCCCUGGCAGCACCCAUGGGGCUGGGGGUCUCUGGGACAGAGCUGCGCCUGGCACCUGCCAACCGCAGCCACGCCGGCUGGUACGUCUGCACGGCCCGCAACGAGGUCAACAACCGCACCAGUGAGCCCGUCUACCUCGACAUUGUCUAUGGCCCCGACGAGCCAGCCAUCAGCGUGGAGCCCUUCUUCCCCGAGCAGGGGGGCUUCUCCGCGGGCGAGCGGGAGGACGUGGUGCUGAGCUGCCUGGCACCGUCCAACCCCCCCAGCCGCUACAUCUGGCUCCACAACGGCUCCCAGGUCCACACUGGGCAGACCUUUGUCAUCGCUGCCAUUGCCCGGGGACAGGCAGGCACCUACACCUGCCUGGCCGAAAACACCCACCUCCAAACCCGCACCCAGGCCACCAUCAUCCUCACCGUCUACUAUCCACCGGCCGGGAGCCCCAGCUGCUCUGCCUUGGCCACCGCCGACCUGCAGGACGUGGCCCUGCGGUGCCGCUGGCCGGGGGGCUUCCCCCCAGCCCGGCUGCGCUGGGUGGGCCUCUGGGAGGAGGAAGAGGAGGAGGAGGAAGAGGGGGCGGCAGGGCCGAGCUUUUCCAUGGCCACCAACAUCCGUCCAGGGGUGACCACAAGGAACGGCAGCUCCUUCGCCUGCCUGGCCACCCACCCCACGCUGCGGGAGGGGGCCAUGUGCAGGACCACCCUGUGGGUCCCGGCUGGCAGCCCUGCCUGCACGGCUGUGGCCACCAAGCAUGACGAGUUCGUGAUGCUGCAGUGCCGCUGGGAGGGGGGCACGCCGCCGGCCACCCUGCGCUGGUGGGACAGCCGGGGUCAGGCGCUGGGUGUCCCCAUGCCCUCGGCCGCUGUCCUUGUGCUGAGCGCCGAUGCCAGCCUGGGGGGCCAGGACUUCAUCUGCGUGGCCACCCACCCGCUGCGGGCGGCUGCUGCUGAGUGUCACCUCCGGCUUGACGUCCCCGAGCUGGAGGUGGAGCAGAGCGAGGUGGCGGUGCUGGAGGGUGGUGAGGCGCGGCUGGCGUGCCGGUGGUGCGGUGUCACCCACCUGGGUGCCGAAAUGGUCUGGUACGAUCCCCGGGAGCAGGAGGUGCCACUGGGCAUGGCUAAGUACCGGCUGGAGCAGGACGAAGCGUGGGCCAACCUCACUGUCCGGGAUGCCGAGUGGCCGGGGGAUGGUGGGACCUACCGCUGCACCGCAGCCAACGCCGUGGGCACCACCAGCCUCCCUGUCCACCUCCGUGUAGACCGGUACCCGGCCCCCCCCAACGUCACCAUCAGCAAGCUGCGGUACACGCGGGCACGAACCGAGGUGCGGCUGGAGUGGCGGACGCAGGGCACGGGCAACCUCACCGGCUUUGUGGUGCAGCGGCGGCAGGCAAAGAAGCCCCAGCGCCGGGCGCCCGGCCCCUGGGAAACAGCCGCAGGUGACAUCGAGCCCCACUCCCGCGACCGGCGCCUGGGGGGGCUGGACCCCACUGUGGUCUAUGCCUUCCGCGUCCUGGCUGUCAACCACCGCACGGCCGGGCACCCCUCCGAGGUGCAGACGCCAGCCGAGCCUCCCUUCGAGGCACUCCCCGCAGUGACAGGGGCGGCGGUGGCGGGGAUGCUGGUGGCCACUGCGGUGUCUCUGCUGGCCGUGCGCUGCGUCGCCCGCCACCGGGACAACCUGCCACGUGAGUGCCGGGGGGAGGCUCAGCAGGGCAGCCGGGGCAGUGGAAGGACCCCCAACACCCUCACCUCGUCUGUUCCCAGGGCUGCACGACCUACUCUUCCACACGUGAGUGCCCCAACCCCCUCGCCCUGGUGCCCAGCCCUCUCCGUGUGCACCUGGCCGCGGGUGAGAGCCGCGUGCCCCCCAGGGCCAGCCCUGAAGCCCCAGAGCUCCCCAGCACGACCGAGGAUGCUCCAGCGGCCACAAGCAGGGAGGACAGAGCAGAACGGGGACAGGGAGAUGUGGGUGGCCCCAGCACAACAGCUACAGCAGAGCCACUCUCAGCCCUGCCAGAUGCCGCUGCUGCCGACCUGCCGGUUGGCGUCCCCAUCGUGGUGAUGGCCACGCCAUGAGCCUGGCCUAACCUCACCCCAGGGGCUUCUCCCAGUUGCUUCCUUUCCUUCAGUUUGAUGCUGGGGACAAGCUCAGGUCUGG